AUGGGCAUCCAGCAGAUCGUGCACGCCUGCUCGCACCUGCAGAACGCCUCCAAGGCGCGGCUCGGCCUCACCUCCCUGCCCAACCACCAGUACAACCUGCGGCUGGCGCUCGCGCUGCACCGCGCGGGCUACAUCUCGUCGGUGACGCGCGGGGGGCCCACGCCGCCGCCGCCCGAGGCCCUGCUGUCCGCCGAGCCCGAGCCCGUCACCGCCGCCAACGUCGCCAGCCGCCGCCUGUGGCUCGGCCUCAAGUACUGGAACAACGAGCCCGUCAUGCGCCGCCUCCAGGCCGUCAGCAAGCCCAGCCGCUCCGUCACCCUCGACCUCGGCUCCCUCGAGCGCGUGGCGAGGGGGUUCCCUGCGGGCUAUGUCAAGGGCCUCACGCUGGGUGAGAGCUUGUUCCUGAGCACGGAUCGAGGCGUCUUGGAGGUCCGGGAGGCGAUAGAAAAGAAGGUUGGCGGAUUGGUGCUUUGCAGGGUGUCGUGA